AUGAAGAGGUCGUCGUUGUUUGUGGAGGACAACCAAAGCCGAUCUGUUUGGAAGGCAAGACGGAGGAUGAAGACCUAUGGACUCCCCCCACACCCCUCUUGUCCUGUCCCUACUUCCCCCCUCCACCAACUUCCCCUGGAACCCACCUCCUUCUGCGAUCCGCCUCCCCUUGGGACGCACCCACCUCAGCAACCCCCUGCGAAGGGGCUGACCACAGGGCUGACCACAGGGCUAACGACAGGGCUAAACACAGGGCUGACCACAGGGCUGACCACAGGGCUGACCACAGGGCUGACCACAGGGCUGACCACAGGGCUAACGACAGGGCUAAACACAGGGCUAUUCGCAGGGAUAACCUCGGUGCUAAACACAGGGGUUACCACAGGGCGAUUUGCAGUGCUAAACACAGGGGUUACCUACCACAGGGCUGACCACAGGGCUCUUUACAGGGCUUUUAACAGCGGUACUGCUUCGAGCAGCAGUGGAGGCAGAGAGCGGAGGAGAGGGAGAAGAGGCGUGAUCACUGCAGCUGCUGCAUCGUCUGGCAGGCCGUCAGCCGACGACGGCUCAAAUUUAAGAUCGCUAGUGCAAGCAGCAGUAGAUUUUCUCGAGCGUCGCUGGCGCAACGUGAGGAGGAGGGUGUUUGUGAAGGUGCUGGUGCUGCUGGCGGGGUUCUUCUCAGCCAACGCGCUCUCCACCAUCGUGGGGCAGACGGGCGACUGGGACGUGCUCGUUGCCGGCUCCCUCGUCGCCUCCCUUGAACUCCUCGGCGCCUGCCUCUACCGCCUCCGCCUGCGCGCUGCCUCCGCUGCUGCUGCUGACGCCGCGAAACUCGCAGCCAAGAGCGCAGCAGCGGCAGGAAGAGGAGGAGGAGGAGGGGGGAGGGUGGGAGCAGGAGAGGGGAAAGCGGCUGGGGUGACGGGCGUCCGUGACAAACGACAUGUUUCCCUGCCGGUGCCUUGCUGCAACUCUCUGCCGCCUUGUAGCGUGGCGAUGCCCAGCUCGUUGCUCGCUGGAGCCUCGUUGUGCACCAGCGUGGUGUGCGUGACCUCAGGGGAUCUCUGUUUCAAACCACGCUUGUGUACAAGACGCAUUGUGUGGAGCAAGGAGGGGAACGCAAGAGAGAAGACAAUGUGGAAAAGGGUGGGAGGAGAUUUUGAUGGUACAGGGAGAGGAGGGAAGGCGGAAAGAGGGAGGAAGGGGGGUCAAGCUAGCAGUGAUCGAUACAUAAUAAUAUGA